GUGUAUAAAUAUUGGACAAACUGUGAAGGUCAAUGCAAACGUGCACACGGAACAACCGAGAAUACAGCCAUGGCGAUGUUUGGAAAGGUUCUGGAGCCAGUGGGCUACAUGCAAACUGUGAGGGUCCUGGUCCAGGGGAUCUGCUCCUAUCUGGGCGGCAAGGCCACAGCAGAGGAGAGUGAGGGAGCCAAGAAGAACCUGGACCACAUCGACCAGGAGCUGGGAGCGUCGGGUCAUGGCCUGCUGGACGACCAGGAGGUCCACCGGCUGGAGGACGACCUGGCGGUGGUGUACUACCAGCUGGGCACAGCGGUGAGGGCCCAGCCAGACUUCACCAAGAAGGAGACGGAGGUGUUCCUGCAGUACGUGCAAGACUACCGGCUGGAGAGGCAGCUGACAGCGCUCUACAACCGUCUGAUGGGAGUGUCGGCGCUGACCGACCAGCCCACGCUGCUGGAGGAGCUCAUACUGAGUCGCAAGCCCAAACGCUGGGAGAUGAGGGAGUUCUGCGUCAAGAUUAACUUUGUCCUGGGCACCGGUCUGCUGUGCCUCUUUACGCAGGCAUCUCUGACAGGCAGAGACCAGGCCCUGCUGAUGAAGACCUGGUCUGACCGCAUGGGGGCCCUCUACAGGAAAAUGAAGAACACAGGAGGCCGCUGCUUAGGCUACUUCCUGGAGCAGGCGCAGGGGGAUGUACGGCAGCAGCUCCAAGAGGCCGUGCAGAACCGCUCACCCCCCGAUGAGGCAGCGGGGAGCAUCCUGAAGACCCUGGAGAAGAACUACGAUUGGCUGCGCUGGGCGGUGAUGCUCCACCCCGCCGUGGGACCCAUGGAGGACGAGAAGGAGGAGAAGGAGGAGAAGGUGGAGAAGGAGGAGAAGGUGGAGAAGGUGGAGGAGACGCAGGGAGAAAAGGAAGAAAAGGAAGCUGUGCCGCCACAAGAGGAGCCCAACAACUUCAUUUCUGUGGCGUCCGAACCGCCGAUCCCCCACGUGGUGGUGUGCUACCGUGACACGCCCACUUCGCUGGAUAAGAGCCGCAUCCACCAGCUCAUCGUGGACCUGGAGUGGAAGAUCCCCAACCCGCCGCCAGAGGUGUACGCUUCCAUCGAGGAAGACCCGGGCAGAGCGCGGCGCUACCUGGCCUCGCGCAUGCUGAGGAAGCUGCAGGAGGGGCUGGGAUCUGGCGUGUCCGUCCACGUGGUGCCGGGCAGGAUGGAGAUGAAGUGCAACUUCCCCCCAGCCUCCUACUACCUCUACGAGUACAAACACCGGCUGGCCUCGGGCACCGUGUGCGUGUUUGGAUGAGAGAGUAAAGGGGGGAGGAAAUAACCUGCUGUCCUCACACAGAUGUUUCAUAAUCAUAUUACAGUAUCUGCUUUAUUUUGUUGCUCUCACAGUGGCAUUAACAUGUCCCGUGUAAUAUUACUUCCAAAUAAAUGUCAUUUUAGAGAAAAAGAAA